AAAAAAUAAGUUGCAAUACAGAUGUUAGGCUAAAUCUCUUUGGUUUACAGGUUAUUUAAUAUAAGAAGUAUGAAAAGCAGCUUAAUUUUUAGUGUAAUUUCCAUGCUCUCUUUUGUCGGAAAUGCUGCUGGCAUGUUCAUGAUUUGUGGAAAAGGUCAAGUUCUUUUGCGUAACUUUGAAAGUGGUCGCAUCAGAUGCAGUUUUUGCACAAAGGACCACUUUUACGUAAAGCAAUCUCUUUCGUGUGAGCCGUGUCCGGAUGAACAUUCGACUCCGCGGAAUAACACUUUUACUAGAUGUCGUCAGAAUUCUUUAAAACCCCACGCACGUUUCAGUAUAGCUAGGUUACUUUACGGGCAGUUGAAACAUAGCUUGAACUUCGUGGUCCCCGACAGAGCGAUUAUUGACACGACGACACAAUACAACGUCGACACCACAACACUGGAAGCAGAUGUUACACAUCAAUCCUCAACAGAAUAUGGCCCUUUCUCGUUAUCGCUAACAAAAUAUGCAACUGCGUUUUGUUCGUUUUUACUAUGUCUGUCUAUUAGUGCGGUCAUUUAUUUCCACUGUUCAGCGCCAGUUGCCCGGAUGCUUCAGAGAUGUUGCGGAAGGGGUACAGAAUCGAGGAAUUUUAAGGCGAAAAAGAAUGUACAGCGCAACAACAACAAUAUUACAUUAAGUCAGCCUGCUAUAAAAAGCCCAAUUCAAUCCGAGACUUUGGUUUGCAAUUUCGAUCUACAUAGUGCAAGUCGCGCUGAAAUCAUGGAGUAUGUUCGCAACGUAUUAUUACAAUACGUAUUCGAUAGACAUCCAGAAGCUUUUGCAUCCAAGCGCUGCCAUAUCGCCGUUGACCGAGCUACAGAAAGAUUCGAAACACUUCUUAUGAAGCAUAACUUGUUGUGCUCUUCGCGGGAUAACACGCUUUCCUGAACAUGAAUAGGGAGAACUUGCGUAUAUACCCCUCGUAAAUACACAAAGCAUAUGGUUUUUUGAAAGUUGCUUAAAAGUGUCAUUCUCUUUAAUUGCAUGAAAUCUUUUGUAGGUAUCUUACCGUUUGGUACAUAGCUAACCAUUUGUACGCAGCUAACCGUUCUGUAUGUAUAGCCAACCGUUUUAUACGUAGUUUACCGUUUUGAAUGUAGCUUUAUACCGCUCUGUACGUAACCAUUUGUAUGUAUAUAGUUAACCGUUUUUAUACGCAGAUCAUUAGGGGCUAUUUAAAAAAAAGAAAAGUUGUGUAAUAAGAAAAUCACUGGAUCAUGAACGCCGAAUACCCGGUUGUCUUGUCUCUCAUUGGACUAGCCUUGAUACUCCUGUUUUUCUUCUUAUACUUCCGAUCGUACUACAUACGAAAUCAGAAUGUCAAAAAAUUCAACUAUAAGCAAAAUGAAAAACUGCAGUUAUUUACUUUUAUUAUCGAAACGAUUGUCCAACACCGGGCAAGCAAAAAAACGGGAUCCGAUUUUAUUGAAAGUGGAGAGGCAAGAGGAAUUGUCAAUUUGCUACACACGGAGCUUGGUUAUUAUGCUCCCGACUCUGCUCCAGUUGAAUCUGUCGUUAACAUCUCUACUCCCAACUCUGCUCCUGAUCAAUCUGCAGAAACCAUCUCUGCUCUUGCUGACUCGGCCCCUGAUCAUUCUGCAGUAAACAUCUUUGUUCCCGACCCUAAUUCAGCUGAAUCUGUCGAUAAUAUGUCUACGUCCGACUCUUUGCCUUACUCUUCUAACAGCUGUGUUGGUGGCUCUGACAGUAUUGGUGGAAGAUCUGUCAAUGAGUCGGAUGUCAGCUUGAACCAUGUUCAUGUUGAUGCAACUGGCAAUGCGUAUGACUCUGUUACAUAUGAAUCUGAUACCCGCUCUACAGUAUACUCUGCUGACAGUUUCAGUUUUGAGACUGGUGAAGGCUCCACGAAUGUCUCCGAUGCUAGCUGCGGUUCCUUGGCUGAAAGUAUCAAUUCUGGGCGAAUCGAAAGCUACCCACCACAGCAUAGAACACCAGUACAAUGUAAUGGCUGCACUCCGUUUUAUCCAAGUGAUCCUUUUGGAAUACCUGAGGGCGAUGCUGUUUCUUCAUCAUCGUCGAAUGGAACCAUGUAAACAUAUUGUUAAUUUUUACUGUACAUAAAUGACGUACAUUCUUUACUGUACAUAAAUGGCGUACACAGAUACAAUUCGUUGGUGUUCUGUUGCGUAAAAGUCUAACGAUUUUUUUGUGGUUGUAUAGCGGGGCUGGGACACCUUUUAUGACACAUAAUAUCCAAAUAUCCUGAUCGUGUUUUAAACAAUUAACAACGGUCUGUGUGAGUCGUAAGGAUACGGUUUUAAAAUUCUUUGAAUUUUUUUUUGUCUUCUACUACUAAACGGGACGUGAAAUUAAAAUAAAAUGUGUCCCAUCUUUCGCCACCCCACUAUAUAUAUAUAUCAGUAUUGACAUGUAUUAGCAUCAUUGUUUUUGGCUUUUAAUCUUAUCUAAUAAUUUAUUUUGUUGGUACUAUUUUGCAGCACGCCACUUGCCUUAUUUUGUUAUAUAUAUCAUUCAUUGUGCGAUAAACUUGUUCCCAUGUAUUGCGUUUCUUGCGCUACAAUACAACUGCGCAGGCGCAGAAGUUGUAUUAACAAGUUUUAUGUGUGACACGAAAUACACGUUUUGUAAUACCUGUUAUGUUUGUAAAAAAUUACUAUCAAAAAUGUUGAACAGUAUCUGUAUAUGUUUAUAAGCACAGGUUGUUUUGGAGGAACUGUGAUACAGUUGAAGUGUUUGUAGCUUUUACGGCCCGAUGCACAUCUAUAUUUGGCAACCUGCGUAAUGUCGCAAUAAGCUACCGAAUCUUCGCCUUCUUUUAUCGUACAAUUCUGUAAAAAGAUGUAAGAGAGUACUAUGAUGAAAGUGUAGCGCUGUCGCUGUUGGGAAUGAACUUAACUUAUCUUGGACGGCGGAGCAAUGCAGACGCUAGUACAUGGUUACUGCCAAUUUAGACAACCACCACCUAAUAUAUAGAGCUUUUUUACAGUUUCCAAUCUUUAGUAAUUUGUUUUUAAUGUAUUUAACUUUAACAAAAAGGCAUUUUUAAUAAAUAAUGUACCCCCUAUAGUGGACAUAGUGGACAUGCACUAGUUAAAGGGACCGCCCGCUAUAUUACUU